UUGUUCACAAAAUGACGAGUUUGGUUGUCAUAACUGGCGUAAUUCUUGGUGUAUCUUUUGUACCACACCAUUGCGAAGGAUCAUUGCUGAGAUUGAAAGGGCCUCUGGGCGCAAAUGGUACUGGGCGGAUUGAAGUAUUUUACAAUGGAGCUUGGGGUACAAUAUGUGAUGAUCAAUGGGAUUUGAAAGAUGCUACAGUUGCUUGUCGUCAACUUGGCUAUAACAACGAUACAGCUGUAAAACUCCCUCCAAAAACGCUAGUUCCUUCAGGUUCUGGUCAGAUAUGGUUAGAUGAAGUCAGUUGUACUGGGAAAGAAGAAAACAUAACAAGUUGUUCUCAUGGUGGUUGGGGGGUUCAUGAUUGCUCACAUGACGAAGAUGCUGGAGUUGAAUGUACUACAAUAGAUUUCACCGCUAUACCUGUUAAACUGAGAUUACGAGGACCAUUAAGUGCAAAUGGUACCGGUCGUGUUGAAGUUUUCUAUCAUGGACAAUGGGGAACAAUCUGUGAGGAUGGUUGGGAUUUAAGAGAUGCUAGGGUUGCGUGCCGUCAACUCGGUUAUCAAGAUGCUCUGAGAGCUCUUCAAAGUCGCGAGGUUCCUUCUGGUUCUGGUCAAAUAUGGUUAUCCUACGUUUCUUGCACCGGGAAUGAACAAAAUAUAACAAGUUGUUCUCACCGUGGUUGGGGACGUAAUUAUUGCUCGCACAAUGAAGAUGCUGGAAUUGAAUGUGCAACGACAGCAAUUAAUGCGUCGGUAAGGUUACAAGGGCCACUCAGUAAAAAUGGCACUGGUCGUGUUGAAGUAUUCUUCAGAGGAAAAUGGGGAACGAUUUGUGAUGAUGGCUGGGAUAUAAGAGAUGCUAGGGUUAUAUGUCGUCAACUUGGUUAUUCGUAUUCGGGAAGGAUACCUUCUCAUGGUGAUUUUCCUUUCGGUUCUGGGCUGAUAUGGUUAAGUAACCUCGAUUGUACUGGUGAUGAACAACUCAUAAAAAGCUGUUUUCACAGUGGUUGGGGUGUUAGUCGUUAUUGCUCUCGCUAUAAUGACGUCGGAGUUGAAUGCUUGAAAACAGCCGUGCCAAUGAGGGUGCAAGGGCCAUCAAGCUCAAAUGGUACCGGUGUGGUGGAAGUUUUCUACAAUGGACAAUGGGGAACAAUCUGUGGUCGAGGCUGGGAUAUGAGAGAUGCUCGGGUUGUAUGUCGUCAGCUUGGUUAUAAAGAUGUUAUUCGGGCACUUCGUGGUAGCCAGGUUCCUACCGGUUCUGGGCAUGUAUGGUUGGAUUCUGUUUCUUGUACUGGGAAUGAAGAAAACUUAACAACGUGCUCACAUACAGGUUGGGGUUCUCAUAAUUGCUAUCAAAAAGAAUACGCCGAAGUUGAAUGUAAAACAGCAGCUUAUGUAGAGACAGAUGUGCGACUCAGAUUACAAGGAACAUCAAGUGAAAACGGCACUGGUCGGGUUGAAGUGUUCUAUCAUGGGUAUUGGGGGACAAUCUGUGAUUAUAGAUGGAAUUUGAGAGAUGCUAGUGUUGUAUGUCGUCAGCUUGGUUACCAAGAUGUUGCUAGGGCCCUUCGUCCUGGCCAGUUUCCUUCUGGUUCUGGACAGAUAUGGUUAUCUAACGUUGCAUGUGCUGGCAAUGAACAUAACAUCACAAGUUGCAGUCAUAACGAUUGGGGUGUUAUUUCUUGCUCUCAUUCCCAAGACGUUGGCGUAGAAUGCAGUACAAGAGAUUUUUCAGACACGCCUGUGAGAGUGAGGCUGCAGGGACCAUUAAGUUCAAAUGGCACUGGUCGUGUUGAAGUAUUAUAUCAUGGAUAUUGGGGGACAAUCUGUGAUCGUGGAUGGGAUAUUAAAGACGCCAGGGUUGUAUGUCAUCAACUUGGUUAUAAAGAUGCUGUCAGAGCCCUUCCAAGAAACGAAGUCCCUUCCGGUUCAGGAGAGAUAUGGUUGUCUCAAGUUCAUUGCACGGGGAAGGAGCAAAAUAUCACAAGUUGUGGUCACGGCCAUUGGGGAGAGAUUUUGUUCUGCUCAAGAUCUUAUCGUGGAGACGCUGGUGUAGAAUGCAGUAACGCAGAUUUUUCAGCUGCUCCUAUAAGACUAAGGUUACAAGGACCAGUGAGUGUGAAUGGUACUGGUCGCGUUGAAAUAUUUUAUCGUGGGCAUUGGGGAACAAUCUGUGAUAAUGGAUGGGAUAUGAGAGAUGCUAGGGUUGUAUGUCGUCAGCUCGGUUAUCAAGAUGCUGUGAGAACCCUUGAUAGAAGCGAGGUUCCUUCUGGUUCAGGACAGAUAUGGCUAUCUAAAAUAGAUUGUACUGGAGAAGAACAAAAUAUUACAAGCUGUACUCAUGGAUCUUGGGGUGUUCAUUAUUGCUCUCAUUAUGAAGACGCUGGUGUUGAAUGCAGCACAACAGACUUUACGGCUACGCCAGUGAGGCUACGAAUACAAGGACCAUUAAGCACAGAUCGUACUGGUCGUGUUGAAGUAUUCUAUCAUGGAUAUUGGGGAACAAUAUGUGAUUAUUGGUGGGAUAAAAGCGAUGCCAAGGUUGCAUGUCGUCAACUGGGCUAUAAUCCAGAUGAUGCAAAAACUCUUCCAAGUAACGUGGUCCCUCCCAGUUCUGGUCUCAUGUGGUUAUCAGACGUCAGAUGCACAGGGGACGAGCAAAAUAUCACCAGCUGUACUCUCGGUCGUUGGGGAGAUAGCUCUUGCCCUUAUAACCGAGUCGCUGGCAUACAGUGCUCCACGAAAAAUUUUACCGCUAUACCUGUGAGACUGCGGUUGCAAGGACCGCUGAGUGCAAAUGGUACUGGGCGUGUUGAAGUAUUCUAUUAUGGAUAUUGGGGAACAAUCUGUGAUUAUAGAUGGGAUCUUAAUGACGCUAGGGUAGUAUGUCGUCAACUUGGAUAUCCAGAUGUCGUUCGAACUCUUCAGAGAAGCGAGGUUCCUGAUGGCUCAGGCCAAAUAUGGUUAUCUGAGAUCGCUUGUACCGGAAGUGAGCAAAAUAUAUCAAGUUGUUCUCACGAUGGUUGGGGAAAUCAUCGAUGUUCGCAUCGCAAAGACGCAGGAGUUGAAUGUUCAAAAACAGAUUUUUCUGCUAUACCUGUGAGAGUCAGGUUACAAGGACCAUUAAGUGGCAAAGGCACUGGUCGUGUCGAAGUAUUUUAUCGCGGACAAUGGGGAGGAAUCUGUAAUGAUGGAUGGGAUAUGAGAGAUGCUAGGGUUGUAUGCCGUCAACUUGGUUAUAACGAUGCUGUUAAAACGCUUCCGUGGCACAAGGUUCCUAGAGGUUCCAGCAAAAUUUGGUUGUCUCACGUCUCUUGUACCGGAAAUGAGAAAAAUAUAACAAGUUGUUCUCACGGUGGUUGGGGAAAACAUAGUUGCUCGAUUUUUUAUAUCGUGGGAGUUGAAUGUACAAAAACAGUUAUACAACUAAGGUUACAAGGGCCGUUAAGUUCAAAGGGCACAGGACGUGUUGAAGUAUUCUACAAUGGACGUUGGGGAACUAUUUGUGAAGAAGGAUGGGAUUUGAGAGAUGCUCGGGUUGUUUGUCGUCAGCUUGGUUAUAAAGACGCUGCAAGGGCACUUCUUGCUGGUCAGGUGCCUUCUGGUUCUGGGCAAAUAUGGUUGUCUGACGUAGAUUGCAAAGGAGAGGAAAAUAAUAUAGCAACUUGCUCUCACAGAGGAUGGGGCUCUCAUAGAUGCUGGCAUCGAAAGGACAUCGGGGUGGAAUGUACAACAAAAGACUUUACAGAUACGCCUGUAUUGAUCAGAUUAGAAGGGCCUUUGAGUAGAAAUGGUACUGGUCGAGUUGAAGUAUUCUAUCAUGGAUAUUGGGGAACAAUCUGCGAUUAUACAUGGGAUAUGAGAGAUGCCAGGGUUGUAUGUCGUCAACUUGGUUAUCAAGAUGUUGCUAGAACUCUUCAAAGAGGCGAGGUUCCAUCAGGUUCCGGGCAGGUAUGGUUAGCUCGCCUUGCUUGCACUGGGAAAGAGCAAAAUAUCACAAGUUGUUCUCAUAGUGGUUGGGGUGUUGAUCCUUGCUCUCAUUAUCUAGACGCUGGCGUAAUAUGUAGUACAACAGAAUUAUCAGCUACGUUAGUCAAUCUAAGAUUAAAAGGUCCACUGAGCGCGAAAGGUAUUGGUCGUGUUGAAGUAUCGUAUCAUGGAUAUUGGGGGACAAUUUGUGAUCCUAACUGGGAUAUGAAAGAUGCCAGGGUGGUAUGUCGUCAACUUGGCUAUAAAGAUGCUGCAAGAGUUCUUCAGAGGAGCGAAGUUCCUUCUGGUUCAGGGCAGAUAUGGUUAUUUAACGUCGGUUGCACUGGCAAAGAACAAAAUAUCUCAAGCUGUGCUCAUCCUGGUUGGGGGAUUUCUUAUUGUCAUCAUUCUCUAGACGCUGGUGUAGAAUGCAGUACAACAGAUUUUACAGCUUCACAUGUGGGACUAAGAUUACAAGGGCCAUUUAGUGCAAAUGGUACUGGUCGUGUCGAAGUAUUUUAUCAUGGCUAUUGGGGGCCAAUAUGUGAAUUUAUUUGGGAUGAUGAGGGUGCCAAGGUUGUGUGUCGUCAACUUGGAUAUGAUCCAGAUGAUGCGAAGACUCUUGAUUUCGACCUGGCUGCCCCCAGCACUGGACCGUUAUGGUUAGCACGCGUCCUUUGUAUGGGGGGCGAACAAACAAUUACAAGUUGUAGACAUGAUUGGGGAGUUAGUAAUUGCGCCCGUGAUCGAGUGGCAGGUGUACAAUGCACCAGGAUAGAUCUCGCCGCUGUACCUCCAAGACUUAGAUUACAGGGACCGUCAAGUGCGAAUGGCACUGGUCGUGUUGAAGUACUAUAUCGCGGGUAUUGGGGAACAAUCUGUGAUGAUGAAUGGGAUUUAAGAGAUGCUAGGGUUGUUUGUCGUCAACUUGGUUAUAGAGAUGCCGUUCGAACUCUUCCGAGAAGCGAGGUUCCUCCUGGCUCAGGACAAAUAUGGUUAUCUGAGAUCUCUUGUAGCGGAAGUGAGCAAAAUAUAUCAAGUUGUUCUCACGAUGGUUGGGGAAAUCAUCAUUGUUCACAUCAUGAAGACGCAGGAGUUGAAUGCACAAAUACGGAUCUUGCCGCUAUACCUGUAAGACUUAGAUUACAGGGACCAUCAAGUCAGAAUGGCACUGGUCGUGUUGAGGUAUUCUAUCGUGGACAGUGGGGUACAAUCUGUGAUGAUAGAUGGGAUAUGAGAGAUGCUAGAGUUGUUUGUCGUCAACUUGGUUACAUAGAUUCAUUUAGGGCCCUUGACGGUCGCCAGGUUCUUUCUGGUUCUGGGAAGAUAUGGUUAUCUCACGUGGAAUGCACUGGGGACGAACAAAACAUAACAGAGUGUUCACACCGUGGUUGGGGAGUUCAUUCUUGCUCUCAUUACGAAGACGCCGGAGUUGAAUGUUUAACAGCAGAGGUGUCACUAAGGUUACAAGGACCAUUUAGUGCGAAUGGUACUGGACGUGUCGAGGUGUUCUUCAAUGGACGUUGGGGAACAAUCUGUGAUGAUGAAUGGGAUAUUAGAGAUGCUAAGGUUGUUUGUCGUCAACUUGGUUAUAGAGAUGUCGUUCGAACUCUUCAGAGAAGCGAGGUUCCUCCUGGUUCAGGUCAAAUAUGGUUAUCUGAGAUCUCUUGUAGCGGAAGUGAGCAAAAUAUAUCAAGUUGUUCCCACGAUGGUUGGGGAAAUCAUCAUUGUUCACAUCAUGAAGACGCAGGAGUUGAAUGCACAAAUACGGAUCUUGCCGCGAUACCUGUAAGACUUAGAUUACAGGGACCAUCAAGUGCGAAUGGCACCGGUCGUGUUGAGGUAUUCUAUCGUGGACAAUGGGGAACAAUCUGUGAAGAUGGAUGGGAUAUCAGAGAUGCUAGGGUUGUUUGUCGUCAACUUGGUUACGUGGAUUCAUCCAGAGCUCUUGACGGUCGCCAGGUUCCUUCUGGUUCUGGGAAGAUAUGGUUAGAUGACGUCGAAUGUACUGGGAAAGAACAAAACAUAACACAGUGUUCGCACCGUGGUUGGGGAGUUCAUUCUUGCUCUCAUCACGAAGACGCCGGAGUUGAAUGUUUAACAGCAGCGGUGUUACUAAGGUUACAAGGACCAUUUAGUGUAAAUGGUACUGGACGUGUCGAAGUAUUCUACAAUGGACUUUGGGGAACGAUUUGUGAUGAUGGAUGGGACUUGAGAGAUGCUAGGGUUGUCUGUCGUCAGCUUGGUUACAAAGAUGCUGCAAGAGCACUUCAUGAUGGCCAGGUCCCUUCUGGUUCUAGGAGAAUAUGGUUGUCUGAUGUGGAUUGCAAUGGCGACGAACUAAAUAUAACAUACUGUCCUCACAGCGGUUGGGGUUCUCAUAGUUGCUGGCACAGAAAGGAUGUCGAGGUGAAAUGUACAACAAAAGACUUUACAGAUACGCCUGUAUCGAUCAGACUACAAGGGCCUUCGAGUAAAAAUGGCGUUGGUCGAGUUGAAGUAUUCUAUCACGGAUAUUGGGGGACAAUCUGUGAUAGUGGGUGGGAUAUGAGAGAUGCCAGGGUUGUAUGUCGUCAGCUUGGUUACCAAGAUGUUGCUAGAACUCUUCAAAGAGGCGAGGUUCCAUCAGGUUCUGGGCAGGUAUGGUUAGCUCACCUCGCUUGCACUGGAAAAGAACAAAAUAUCACAAGUUGUUCUCAUAGUGGUUGGGGUGUUGAUCCUUGCUCUCAUCGUGAAGACGCUGGCGUAAUAUGUAGUACAACAGAUUUAUCAGCUAUGCCUGUCCGUGUAAGAUUACAAGGUCCAUUGAGCGCGAAAGGUAUUGGUCGUGUUGAAGUAUCGUAUCAUGGAUAUUGGGGGACAAUUUGUGAUCUUAAAUGGGAUAUGAAAGAUGCUAGGGUUGUAUGUCGUCAACUUGGUUAUAAAGAUGCUGCCAGAGUUCUUCAGAGGAGCGAGGUUCCUUCUGGUUCAGGACAGAUAUGGUUACACAACGUCGCUUGUACUGGCCAAGAACAAAAUAUCACAAGCUGUUCUCAUCCUGGUUGGGGGGCUCCCGGUUGUGAUCAUGCUGUAGACGCUGGUGUAGAAUGCAGUACGACAGAUUUUUCAGCUAUGCCUGUGAGACUAAGAUUACAAGGACCGUUAAGUGCUAAUGGUACUGGUCGUGUUGAAGUAUUUUAUCAUGGCUAUUGGGGGCCAAUAUGUGAUUUUUUUUGGGAUGAUCGAGAUGCCGAGGUUGUGUGUCGUCAACUUGGAUAUGAUCCAGAUGAUGCAAAGACUCUUGAUUUCGAUCUGCCUGCUCCAAGUACUGGGCCGUUAUGGUUAGCACGCGUCCGUUGUGAUGGGGACGAACAAACAAUUACAAGUUGUAGACAUGAUUGGGGAGUUAGUAAUUGCGCCCGUGAUCGAGUGGCAGGGGUUCAGUGCUCCAGGAUAGAUUUUUCAGCUCUACCUGUGAGACUUAGGUUGCAAGGACCAUCAAGUGCAAUUGGGAUUGGUCGUGUUGAAGUACAAUAUCGUGGAUAUUGGGGAACAAUCUGUGAUAGCAAAUGGGAUAUAGAAGAGGCUAGGGUUGUGUGUCGUCAACUUGGAUAUCCGGCUGCUGUUAGGACUCUUCGAAAAAACGAGGUUCCAUCCGGUUCUGGCAAGAUAUGGUUAGAUUACGUCCGUUGCACAGGGAAAGAAAAAAGUAUAGUGGAUUGUUCUCUUAGUAGUUGGGGGGAUGAUCACUGCUCGCAUAAGGAUGACGUCGGAGUUGAAUGUAAAGCAAAAGUUUCAGAUAAAUCAAAGUCAGAAGGUGAAUCGGACAGCGCAGCUGAAUGGCCGAUAUUUAUGAUAAUACCAGCAGUCAUCAUCGCUGGGAUUAUCAUUGCCUGUGUCGUGAUAUUUUAUCGUCGUCGAAAGUUGAGAAGAAGGAAUAUUGAACCUGAUUCCAAUCCGCAAACUACAAUUAAAAAUCCAGUUUACGGUGAGUUGGAUUAUGUCGGUCUCAAACAAAACCGUUAUGAGUCAGAAGAAGCUGCAGAUAACUUGGGUUACGUCACUAAAGAUUUAGUUGAAAAUACUGCGAUGUGAUUGGUUGAAAGUGACGCAGACGAAUAUUUGGUAAUAUUAUCUUAAAAAAUUUAGUGUAGUGCGAAUUAUUUUCGUCUUGUCAAGAGCUGACGUUAUAAAAGUUUAAAAACUGAUGAACACUUAGAGAACGAGUUAUAAAGGGAGUUGUACUUACAACAAUGGCGAAAUGGAGCUGUCAUUAGCGUAACCAAUCAAAACCCGCGCGAUAUAUAGAUAUAGUACGUUUGUUAUUAUACUAGAUUCUAUUAUUAGAUAAUGUCAAUGGUAUUUUUAUGCAUGUAGAGUAGUGUAUUUGGGUAAUGAAAUAAUAGAUGAGUCCGAAAGAGAGGAUUUGAUUAAUUCUGUGUAAAUUUUUUGUGUAAAUGAUUUUCAAGAUAUUCUGGCCGUAGUAAACGUUGUAGUAUAUUUCGUUAAGAAAACUUGGCAACCUUGUCAUAAUAAUAGACCGUGUAGACUCGCGUACACGCGCGAGCGCCACGAGAAGCGAAAGAUUUCUGUGCUGCCUAAAUGAUUAGGG